UAAAUGGGGUAGCACAAAGAGCGGGCCUUUCUCUCCCUGCUCUUUCUUACUCUUUGGCAGAAAACCGGGUAGAUUAACAUUCAUCUUAUGGACUAACAGUGAUUUUUCCAAUAUUAAACCUCUCAUUUGCUGAUAAAAUAAUCAUUGUCUUCUGCCAUUGUUUCCUUUCAUUCUCUUCUGUCAUAUGUAUAUAUAUUUUUCAAUUCUUAGACCAGUGUGCAUGAUCAUUACAAGGUGCCAUGUGUUUUUUGUUUAAAACCCUUAACAUGGCCUAUUGAGCUUAAGUUGAAUUUGAACUGGACAUACUGUCACAGAGCUUUCCAGAUAUUUGACCAUAAAUCCCAGAGACCUGCCCACUUUGUCUGCCCCUGCACUGAUGUAGAUCCCUGUUGGGCAACUCUUAGAUAUAACGUCAGUCCACGUGACUAGACCUGGGGAGGAUGCUCUAUCACGGGCAGCAGUGCAUCUUCCCUGGAUCCAGCUUGCAUGUUUUCAUUUUGGUUCCCUUGCCAUAUACAGACUAAAAAAACUGUGAAGUGCCAGAGGCAAAUAAAUAUUGUUGCACAUAGGAAUGGAAGACAAGUGGAACACUUCAGGAGUGUAUCUCCUAUUUUCUAGAAUGAUUCCUCAAGCGAAUGUCGAAUUCUUUCUGUUUGGAGAACUUAAGAUGCAUCUGGGAAAGAAAACAAUAGUGUGUGAAUUGUAAGGAAUGCCCUCCUGCUCCUUCCAAGGAGCUCUUGAGAAAGUCGAGCAAAGAAAGGAAUUGAAAGGACUAGUAAGGAAGGAAAUACUUUCAGUGUUCUUUCUCAAGAUGUUUGGCUUAUAUUUUAACAUCACGAUUUAAAAGAUAAUGAAGGCUUUCCUGCAUCUGGGACACAGAGAGUCUGUUCUUACCUGCUACAUCAUGUAUGCAUUCCUCAGUGCCAGGAUUAGAAUACAGGAAGUGAGACACAGUAACAGGAAGUGUUUCACAGUUGUGUCUUGGUAUAGCCGGUAUCCCUUUGAGGGGGGUGAGAAGUCCUUGCUAGGGUCAAACAUUUCCUUCUGUCCCAGGGUGUACCAACUGUAAAACAAAGACAGGAGGGGCGGGGGAGUAAACAGCAGAGGACAGCAAUUGAGGCAGUAAUGAAGAGGGGAGUUAAGUGUGAAAGCUAAGGGGGUGAGGAUCAGGAGGUGCUGAUGCAGACCGCACUGGGCACUCAUCGCAAGCCUGGCAGAUGUGUGUUCUGUUAAGCCCGUGGGUCCAUACAAGUUAGUUAAACCUUGCCCCCAUAGCUGAGAGAUGCAUUGGACAAAGUGGGAAAAAAUGGAGAGCUUGCAAAAAACAACUCAGUGUUUGAAGUUAAUUUAAAUAAUAUUUCCUAUAGUAUUUGAAGUUCUUCUAGGACUCUCUUAGGACAAUUUGAAUGUUCCUACAAUGUUCCUACACUCAUGAUGAAGGAAAGUAUGACUUAUGCCAGAGUCCUUUGUUAACUGACUGAAAUUCAAAACUGGAAGAAAUGCCUUUCUGGAGAGGUUGCUGGAAGAUAGGCACCCUCCACAUUUCUGGUGAGAAGUUACAUCUGUGAAAAUGAGGCCAUCCCCAUGCCAACCCACUGGGAGAAUGUGAAUACUGAGGUUCCCUACCAGCUGGUUUCCCUGCAGAACCAAACCCAUGAAUAUAACCAAGUUGCCAGUCUCUUUGGGAAAACAAUGGAUCGGAACCGAAUUAAAAGGAUUCAAAGGAUUCAAAACUUAGACUUAUGGGAGUUCUUUUGCAGGAAAAAGGCUCAGCUCAAGAAAAAGAGAGGUGUCCCUCAGAUCAAUGAGCAAAUGCUGUUUCAUGGCACCAGCAGUGAAUUUGUGGAAGCAAUUUGCAUUCACAACUUUGAUUGGAGAAUCAAUGGUGUACAUGGUGCUGUCUUUGGAAAAGGAACCUAUUUUGCUAGAGACGCUGCAUACUCCAGUCGUUUCUGCAAAGAUGACAUCAAGCAUGGUAACACGUUCCAGAUCCACGGGGUCAGCGUGCAGCAGCGACAUCUGUUCAGAACCUAUAAAUCCAUGUUUCUUGCUCGAGUGCUAAUUGGGGAUUACAUAAACGGAGACUCCAAAUACAUGAGACCUCCUUCCAAAGACGGGAGCUAUGUGAAUUUAUAUGACAGCUGUGUGGAUGACACCUGGAACCCAAAGAUCUUUGUGGUGUUUGAUGCCAACCAGAUCUACCCCGAGUACUUGAUAGACUUUCACUGACCCCGCUUCCCAGGCUCAGUGGUCAAAGCUUUGCUCUCUCGUUGCAGGAGGAUUUGGCCCCCUGUCUUCUAGCCGCUAAAUAUAAAUAUUGGAUACUUUUGAAACAGAUGCAGGAAAGAAUGCGGCUCGAUAUAUAAAGAAGUACUGGCUGUCAGGUUGGUUAUAUGUUGUUCUGUUUCUGUCAGUUACAGUUUUGUUAAAGACCAAUACUGUUGCCAUUUAACAUACAUCAAUGAGAGCCACUUAAAACCGAACGGGUUAGGUCUCAUUACCGACCGAGGCCAGGUGGUCUUUAAAGGUCACAUGUUUGUAUCAGGUCAAGUGAUUUUAGUUUGCGUUCCCCAGUAGGAGAACUAGCCCUUUAUAAAUUGAGUUUUGGCAUUAUUGUCUGUCAAUGAGCGUGUCCCUUUGUUGGUCUUCUAAAGGGGGCAUUAAAACCCUGAAACAGGCCCUGGUGCUCCCAGAGGAAAGACACAAAGGCAUUGUCUGCCAUGCUGGCAUGUGAGCUAGCAGAAGAGAGACCAAGACAGAGCCUGCUUCCCACUGCUGUAGGAAGGCAGGCUGCAGCCCCAGAACAGUUCACAGCAUUCUCACCUACCUCCCACAGCUGAGCUGACCAUGGCUGCCAGUGGUCACCAGCUCACAGUUCAGUCCCCAUUGCUCUGUGUCCCUGCCCCAAGAUGUUUAUUUUCUCUUUGUUUUCCAGGCCCUGCAGUGAUCAUUUCUAAGAGGCUUUAUCUGUGUCCACCCCCCCCCCCCCACACACAUAUAGCUGUUCCAUUGUGAUCCCUAAAAUCCACAUGUCUUAGUAGCUGGGUAUCUCCGUUUUGAAUGAUUAUAUGUGAAGAGCAUGGGAUGCUGGGAAGAAGUCUGGUUUCUUUAGAGUAGCGACUGACAGAUCCCAACUCCUGAGCAUCUGUAGAACAGAGUUGUGCUCAUGGCUUUGCCUCUCUGCUUCCCUGCUGUGCUGUCCUGCAGAUGAAGUGGACAGUACCAGCUUCCUCCUGCCCAUUGGUGUUCUAGCAGAGGUUAGACCACACCCUAACAUGGUGUUGUCCAGGUGUUUAAGUGUUAGACAAGGAGCUGCCUGUCUGAUUGUCUACCCAGCAUUGAUUUUUCCAUGAUUCCCCAUGGGAAAGAUCACUCCCCAGGCCAUUCACCCAGAACCUUUUCCUAACUCUUAAUACUGCAUCUUGUCUCUACUAUCCCCAUUCAGCUUUAGCUGAGAUAAAGUGAGCACAAUUUAGCUUCUGGUACCCCUGCCUGUAUUGUUCUCUUUAUCAUUUGAAUUGGAAAGCAUCUAGAAAAAAUACAUGUGUGGAACAGGAUUAGGGAUGGUGAUUCUUUCAGCUUCGUAUAUCACCAGAUUUUCCUUGUAGCCCUGAACACGUGUAAUUGUACGGUGGGUAGUACAUAAACAGCACACAGGAAACUGGAUGCACAAUACUUGGGAGCACUGUGGCAGUAAUGACUUCUUGGCCCAGUGUAGGUCCACCACUGGUUUAAGAAAGGACAGAAAGGGCUGGGCGGUGGUGGCGCACGCCUUUAAUCCCAGCACUCGGGAGGCAGAGCCAGGUGGAUCUCUGUGAGUUCGAGGCCAGCCUGGGCUACCAAGUGAGUGCCAGGAGAGGCGCAAAGCUACACAGAGAAACCCUGUCUCGAAAAACCAAAAAAAAAAAAAAAAAAAGAAAAAAAAAGAAAGAAAGGACAGAAAGGACACAUUUUAAAACCAACAGUGGUCACUGCAGAAGAGCCUGGAGGCAAAUAGGCUAGGCUGCCUACCUGCUCACCAAACCAGUGUUCGAGGCAUUAGGCAUUCAGGAUCUAACAGUCUCUUCUAGCUGUGUUCAUGUGAAGUAUUGAAGGCCCGCUUCUCUCCAGGCUGUCUCCCCCAGCUUUCCAUGCACACUUCUCUCAGUACUUGAAUGGAAUGACUCUUGUAGUUGGGGUUGUUUCCUUUUAGACUUGUGUGUCCGUGUCAAGGUGACUGAGAAGGCAGGCGGUCUGUACAAUCAGUCUCCUUCGGUGGGUUGCAUGAGAGAGGCAGGCCACAUCACAGGGCCGCCCUAAGGAAGCACUGCAUUGUUGGUGGACUGCCAGCCCCUUUUACAAGAAAGAUGUGAUUUUGAUACGUGUUUUAAACUAUAAUGACAUAGAAUUCACUCAUGUUAAACUUUUACUUGUUUUGUCUGGCAAGUGUAUAGUGGAGCAUCGUUUCCCCUGCUCAUCGAAUCCAGUGGGAGGGGAGAGUAAGGGAAGCCAUUGCAUAGUGAUGAGCUGUGCUACAAAGCUGGCUGAAUAAAUUCCGUUGAGUACAAACUUGUCUUAUCUCUGUGUGGAGUCUACACUUGGGGUAAAAAGAAAUGUGUUUAUGGAAAACAUUUUCCUAAAUCUUUUAUCUCCCACCAGGAACAGUUGAGAUUAAUGGAUCAUUUUAUUUCUAGACUGGUGGUAGUGGUGGUGAUGAUGGAGAAUUCCGAUAUUUAAUGUCUGAGUGUAUUGUUUCCACAAUUGUUGAUUAAAGUUUUCUAUAUCAGG